AUGGAUGAGCCUUCUCACUCUGCGUUAUUCGAGAAAGCGAUCAUGCCUCACGGAGGAUACACGGCGAGCAUCUUUUACCGAGCUGCGGCAGUCCAUUUCGCCAACAACUUCGGUCACCGCUUUCCAUAUGCGCCCCAGCCAAUCUCCCUCCAAUUAUCGUAUUUGCGCCGAACAACCAUUGGGCCAGCUAUCUUGAAGAUAGAAAACACGAAGAUCGGCUCGAGGGUCAGCACCAUCCACGUAUCCCUUUUGCAGGCACCAGAUGGCGCUACGCUAUCCGAUGUAAACGGCAAGGAUAGAAAGCUCGAGAUAAAAGCUGCCGCAUAUAUCAACGCUAGUCCGCCGGACACAGAGGCCGGCCCCAGUUACAAUGGUACCUGGGAGUUGGGACCUGCACCAGUGCCAGGGACCCUCUCCGAUGGGUCAGUUGAUCUCUUGGCACUGGCAAAGUACAAACGGGAUGGUCCAUGGGCGCAACAACAAACAAUCUCUGCAAUGGCUGCAACGAGGAAUCUCGAGGUUUAUACACCUGCUCUCCAUGUGCCAAAAUCAUUAGAGACCCGCGAAAAGCAGGUUGUUGAUCAAUGGCAACGAUUCGCCCCGGGCGGAAAGGUGGCACGCUGGUCUAAUGAGGCGGUUAUGUUCCUUGUUGAUAUAUUUCCAGCGGCCCUCGAUCGUUUGGCUGCAAUGGAAUCGCAUCGGCUCCAAGAUGAGGAAGCAUCCCAAACAAAGGCUCCAGGUUCUGUCGCAGCUAAAGGCCCUUUCUGGUUUCCAACUGUCUCAUUGAACAUUGAUUUAAAGACGAGACUGCCGCCAGAGGGAGUAGAGUGGCUUCACUCUCGCGUGGUGACUAGGAUGCUACGGGGUGGUCGUGCAGAUCUCGAUGUUGUUGUCCUUGAUCAGCAUGGUGAAUUAGUGGCGACAAGCACUCAGGUGGCAUUGGUUGUUGACGCAUCCCGGAAUAUUAAGGGCAGGGACAGUGGUAGGAAGCUGUAG